AUGGAACUCCGAAAUGUUUCCAGACGGACUGAUGGUGUGCUUGCCAACCAAAGGUUAGAAAGUGGCGGUGUAUUGGAGGGCGAACUUCAGCAGGAUGCUAGAUUAACUAGACAAAGCAUUUGGUUAAGCCCAAGUUUGAUUGCAGAGUAUAUCCAGCUUCUUUUCAACUUUAUUAUAGGAAUUAUAGGUCUGUCUCUUGCUAUUAAAUUCAUUCUGAUGAUAAGAAAAGAUGUUAACUUAAAACUGGAGCAUGAAGUUAGAGAAGCGUUAGAUAAAAUUGCAACUUGUAAAUUAAAAUACUUUAAAAACCAGUGCGAACCUCAUAUGAGGGUCCCAGCAUUGGAAGUACGCUGUAAUGAAUGGUCAAAAUGCAUGAAUGAUGAAGUAAUGCCUGGUUCCGAUUAUCAGUGGGCUAAAGCAUGGGCUCGUACUCUGGCUGAGGUAAUAAAUGCUUUCUUUGAGGCGUUCAGUAUACGAUCCUUCCUUUUCAUUUUGAUUAGCGUCGUUGGUAUAAUAUUUGUGACUAAUACGAGCUUUGGAUCGUACAGAGUUUAUCUCAAUCAUAAAGAUACAAAACCGGUUCGCAAUGCAUAG